GUGCUGUUAGCAGGCAUCCCUUCUGCAAUUUGCGUACAAACAGCCACUGAUGAAAUGGCGGCGAUUGAAUUAGUUUCGAUGAGCGAAUUAACCUGCAACUUGCUUCCUAAGGGAUCGCAUAACUCUGUUCUUCGUGGCAAGCACAAGUGUUGCAUGGCGCAUUACCGGCGUCCGUCCACGACCUCAAGUGGGCCACACGUUCGAGAAUUAGAAACACAGGAACUUUACCGUGAAGCAUUCGAUGUCGCUUGUCACGCUGUCCAGUUGGAUAAUUCGGGAAUGCAUGCAGAAGCUCGCGAGGCUUACAUAGAUGCAAUCCAGCUCCUCGACCGACUUUUGAUUCAGAAGUCAGAUUCAAGUUAUGAAGGAGAACGCCAAUUAAUCAUUCAAAAGUCACAGGAAUAUUCUAGUCGGGCAGAACAACUGUACCGCUAUUCUUUUACAGCCGUCAUAUCCUCCCAUCCGGAUGCGUCACAGCACGCUAUCACACACGAUCGAAAAAGUCACAAAGGCAAAUUAGCAGGCCCGUUGGACUCCAGAUAUCAAGACAAUGAUCAAGCUUGGGUGCCUAAAUCAGAUAUAGACAUUCUACUGGAGAAAGCAUAUUUUACGCUAGAUCAAGCUAUCCUAAACGAGGAGAAAGAUUUCACUGAUCAUUCAUUGGAACUGUACAAGGAUGCAGCAUCGAACUUCCUAAAGGUGUAUAGAAAAUUGUCGAAAGAUGAUCCACGAUGUCACCAUUGUCAUGAACUUUGCAUGCAAGCGUUAAACAAAGUAGACGAAUUAAAAAAAUCGGAUACGACAAACGGCCUGUUAGUCCCACAAAAGGAGUUUUCACCGAAGGAUGAUCAUCAUGCUUCAUCUUCCAUUUCAUCCGCAUCCUCAAGCUAUUAUGCAAGGUCUAUCACCAAUCAUGGAGCAGCACCACUUGGAGCUUUGAAGUGCAAAGAGGAUGAAAAUUCAAUGAAGAAACUCAGUUCUGCUGAAAUUGAAAUAUUGAAGCUUACUUCCAAUGUCAACUCAAAGCUCUUUCUGCCAUGGGUGGAUGAAUCGGACUUGCGAGAAAAAUUCACCUACGACGAACUCUUUAUUGACCCCGAUGGCUCACUACCAUUAUCAGCGCUGCAAAGAGCCAAAUUUGGUGGAUGGAAACGGCCGUCUGAAAUCAUGCGCAAUCCUAAAAUGAUUGAAUUAGUGUCCAGUUCUGCUCUUGUUCAAGAUGUUGUGACAGACUGCUCGUUUGUCGCAUCGCUUUGUGUUUCAGCUGCCUACGAGAGGAAGUUCAGGAAGCAGCUUAUAACGUCCUGUAUCUAUCCACAAAAUAAGUUCGGCCAGCCAUGUUACAACCCAAGUGGAAAAUAUAUGAUUAAACUUCACUAUAAUGGUAUCAAACGCAAGAUCAUCGUAGACGAUCUUCUGCCAGUCUCCAGAGACGGUACAUUGAUGUGUACCUUUUCUACCAAUCACGAAGAACUGUGGGCUCCUAUCAUCGAGAAAGCAUAUAUGAAGCUCAUGGGAGGUUAUGAUUUUCCUGGAUCUAACUCAGGUAUCGAUCUCUAUACGUUAACUGGUUGGAUACCGGAACACAUUUUUGUUGAAGACAAGGACUUUGUUGCGAACAAUGUUUGGGAUAGAUUAAUGGGAGGCCAGAAAUACGGCGAUGUACUCGUUACUAUUUCAACUGGCGAAAUGUCAGAGGAGAGUGCGGCGGAAAGAGGCCUAGUGCCUACUCAUGCAUAUGCCGUUAUAGAUAUAAGGGAGGUCAAUGGUACCCGGUUCAUGCAGGUCAAGAAUCCUUGGAGUCAUUUACGUUGGAAAGGACCAUACAGUCAUAUGGACACAGAGAGAUGGAAUCCAGAGCUUAUGAAGGCGCUCAAUUAUGAUCCUUCAUCAGCCAUGCAGUUUGACGAUGGAAUUUUUUGGAUCGACUUUGAUUCUGUAUGUGAAAACUUCGUUUCCAUCCAUCUCAAUUGGAAUCCCGAAUUGUUCAUGUACAGAUGGGCGCUGCAUAUUCCUUGGCAUUGUGAUGUUGGCCCGAAGAAAGAUACUUACAAUUUGGGGUACAAUCCGCAAUUUAAACUGGUCGUCAAAGUGCCAGAAAACAAGACAUCAGCUGUAUGGUUGCUGAUGUCAAAGCACAUUACAGUGACGGAACCAAAGAACACAGACUUUAUCACCCUCCAUGUAUAUAAUGAUACCAACGGCGAACGUGUUUACCAUCAUGGCAAAGCAUUCAAGGAAGGCACCUAUGUAAAUAGCCCCCAUAUCUUGAUCCGCUUCAAUGCCCCACCGGGGACGUCGACCUAUACGAUUGUAUUUUCACAACAUGAGAAGCUGAAAACGCUCUAUUUUUCAUUGAAAGCCUUUUCAUUUUCACAAUUUGAACUCACAGAUGUUCCCCAAACAUAUUCAAUUGAACAAAAGAUAUCUGGUCGAUGGACAGAUCAAUCGAGUGGAGGCAACGCAUCUAACGCAAGUUUCAUGAACAACCCACAGUGGAAGCUAACCAUUUCACCUCCUGAAAGCACUGGCCAACAGAAAUGUGGCAUCAUUAUCAUGCUUGAAGCUCCAAAGACGUUUGCAAUCCACUUACUUUUAGUGGAAGGCGGUAAACGAGUCGCAAGUUUUUCACCCAGAGAAGUCGUUUCCCAAACAAAUUCAUAUCAACAUGGAUUCUGCUGCUGUGAACUUCGCGAUAUCAAACCCGGUUCCUAUACUAUCAUAGCGUCUACCUAUGAACCGGGGCUAGUUGGCGAUUUCCUUUUAACAAUCGCUAGUAACACGCAGUACACUAUUGAUUCUAUACCCGUUGAAGGCGCUAAAAGUCAUCAAUGGCGAGUGGAUCGUCGGAUAUAAUGCAAUGGGAUGUUCUACGUAUAGAAACUACCACCGAAACCCAAGAUACCACUUAGAAAUACGGGAGUUGACAACUGUCAG